CUGCAAUUUCCGUCUUGUUUAGAAGAGAGAAGAGUGUGUGUGUGUGUGCACCGCUGUCGUGACAGAAGACAAAGCUUAUCGCAAAGGAUGGGAGAGAUGUCUGGGUACAUCUAUGAAAGUCCAGAUGUCUUUGAGGAAGAUAAACCUAGAAUGGACACAGAUGGGGACAUGUAUGCCAAUGUGGCUGUCAACAGGAGACACACAGUUCAGGACCCUCCAAGUGUUCAGAAAGCUGGACCCUUCAAGUUGGCUGUGGGGUGCUUGGUGCUGCUGUGUGUUGUCCUGUUGACUGUCAUCAUAGGGCUGUGUGUUAAGUUCGACACAGAGAGAGAUGAACUACAAAUUCAACUUUGUAACCUAGAAAAUGUCUUCAAGCGGUAUGCAGUAAACGUCACCCUAGAUCGUGAUACAGCAUACCCUCAACUCAUUCUGUCUGCUGAUGGGAAACAAGUGCGCUACAAAAACAAACGACGGAAUAUCACUGACAACCCAAACCGGUUUGGCACCUUUUACAGUGUGCUAGCAACACAUGGCUUCUCCUCUGGUAGAUUCUACUAUGAGGUGCAAGUCAGUGGGAAGACAGAGUGGAGUUUAGGAGUAGCCAGAGAGUCCAUUAACAGGAAGGAACGUGUUACCCUGAGCCCUCAGAAAGGAUACUGGACAAUAUGUCAGACAUAUAAUGACUACAAGGCACGAGAUGAUGCUUAUGUUGUUCUCUCCCUUAAAGAGAAGCCAGAGAGGGUGGGGGUGUUUGUGGAUUAUGAGGCAGGUUUGGUCUCUUUUUAUGAUGUCGACAGAUGGAAUCAUAUCUACUCUUUCAGAGGUCCCUCCUUCAAUGAGAUCAUCUAUCCAUUGUUAAACCCCGGGGGCUCUAAUGAAGGUGACAACGUGUCUCCAUUGAUUAUCAUGACCCCUGUUCUCUGUGCUAAAUGACUUCUUUAGUAGUAAUGUUUUUUUUCUCCCUUUUUUCUCGCUGUCAGACAUAUUUUGAUCUCCUAGCCCUUUCUUUUCAAAAACUGUAGUACUGCUUGUGUCAGCUGUGUCAUUCUGUUUUCGGUUCUGUGUGCUGUUUCAUGACUGCAAGAAAUGCGUUGAUGAUGUAACUCCUAUAUGAGAUUAAACAUUUUGAAAAUGAA